AUGUGCACACAUUCCCCUGCUAUCAUAGCUCUCUGUUCCGCUCCUGCUUUUUUGAUUUUUACAGCGAUUGUUCAAAGUAAAUAUUCGGAAGAUUCCCCGAAUACAGUGACUGGGGUCAUGUUACAGAUUCUCCGUAUUUUUAUCAGAUCCGAUCAUGUUCGAGUCACGAAAGAAAAACUGGAAAAAAUUCACAGGUUGAAAAAAAUUGCAUUUUAUGCCAUGAAAGAAAAACGUGUUAUUUUCACAAGAGAAGAAUUGGAAAAAGUCGGUAUAAAUUCCAAAAGUAUCGGAGAUUUUAUAAUAAAGGUUCCAAACAAAAAUUAUAUCAGUCAAUGUCUACUCGAUGGCGAAUUCAGUUACUUCUUUUCUCAUCAAACAAUUCAAGAAAUGCUUGCAGCUUUGUUCCUGUGUGAGGCUUCUACGUCAGAAUUCGAAGGGUUCGUGAAAGAAUCGCUUCAUCUUAAUCAUUGGUCGGUUGUUCUUAGAUUUACAAGCGGAAUUAUGCUUAAUCUUUCCAUAAAACUAGGCGGAGCUAUUUCACUGGUGAAAAUUGACAAUGGAAUAGAAAAACGAAAAAUUCUGAAAGAUAGUUUACGCGAGAGAUUGAGAAAAACAAAGGAACGAGAGAAGCCUUUUGAGAUGAUGGAAUUGUUCGGAGUUCUUUAUGAAGCGAAUGAUAGUGAUUUUAUUCGAUCAAACGUUUGGGAAAUUAAUUUCGUGAACGCGGUCAUCACCCCAAGUGGAAUGCUAGCCAUAUCAUCAGUUCUACGGCGAUGUGAAAAUCUCGAUCUCAUUCGAUUUUCGGAAUGCGGUUUCAAAUCAGAAAUACUUGAGAUCAUGUCUACUAAUUUGGUGAAUGUACAUCUCCAGGUUAAAAAGUUUGAAUUCGUACAAACUGGAUCUGUACUGGACAUAAACGGACUGAGCUACCUUGGAUCUGUUCUGGGAGCUUGUCAAUCAAACGAAUUAUUUUUAAACUUUGGAUGCACUGGAACAGAUUACAAAGAGCUUACUAAAAGCUUUGAAGAAGCAAAGGUAAUGUUGAAAAAAAUUGCAUUUUAUGCCAUGAAAGAAAAACGUGUUAUUUUCACAAGAGAAGAAUUGGAAAAAGUCGGUAUAAAUUCCAAAAGUAUCGGAGAUUUUAUAAUAAAGGUUCCAAACAAAAAUUAUAUCAGUCAAUGUCUACUCGAUGGCGAAUUCAGUUACUUCUUUUCUCAUCAAACAAUUCAAGAAAUGCUUGCAGCUUUGUUCCUGUGUGAGGCUUCUACGUCAGAAUUCGAAGGGUUCGUGAAAGAAUCGCUUCAUCUUAAUCAUUGGUCGGUUGUUCUUAGAUUUACAAGCGGAAUUAUGCUUAAUCUUUCCAUAAAACUAGGCGGAGCUAUUUCACUGGUGAAAAUUGACAAUGGAAUAGAAAAACGAAAAAUUCUGAAAGAUAGUUUACGCGAGAGAUUGAGAAAAACAAAGGAACGAGAGAAGCCUUUUGAGAUGAUGGAAUUGUUCGGAGUUCUUUAUGAAGCGAAUGAUAGUGAUUUUAUUCGAUCAAACGUUUGGGAAAUUAAUUUCGUGAACGCGGUCAUCACCCCAAGUGGAAUGCUAGCCAUAUCAUCAGUUCUACGGCGAUGUGAAAAUCUCGAUCUCAUUCGAUUUUCGGAAUGCGGUUUCAAAUCAGAAAUACUUGAGAUCAUGUCUACUAAUUUGGUGAAUGUACAUCUCCAGGUUAAAAAGUUUGAAUUCGUACAAACUGGAUCUGUACUGGACAUAAACGGACUGAGCUACCUUGGAUCUGUUCUGGGAGCUUGUCAAUCAAACGAAUUAUUUUUAAACUUUGGAUGCACUGGAACAGAUUACAAAGAGCUUACUAAAAGCUUUGAAGAAGCAAAGAUGCCGAAUGUUCGAAUUCAAAAAUUCACAUUCGAACCGACAGACGAAAUGAACGGGCCAUUGUUUUCUGCAAUUGCUGAGUUUGCCGAAAAUUACGCAGAUGACGUCUUGGUCCCUUCUUUACUCAAAUGUGCCGAAGAAGAUAUCGAUGUAAUUGGUGAAGGAAUCGGAUGCAAAGAAAUGGUAAUAGAACACGUGCAAAUAGUGAAUAUGUCUACAGAACGAGCUAGAAAACUUGGAAAAACUUGCGCUAGCUUCCACGUCCAAGCAGUGGAAUUGGAUGCUGUUUUUAUAACUGGAGAACAUUUAGAGAUUGUAAAAGAGAAUAUUGGCGAUGAAAAGAUCCAAAAACUGAUAGUACAAAGCCUUAAAGAAAUAAGCUCGGCAUUAUUCGUUGCUCUCGCUGAUUUUGUGAAAUUCCACACGGAAGAACUGGAAAUGGAACCGACAGUAUGGAAUGAAAGCGACAUUGGAAUCGUCAGCAGAGGAGAAAAAUGCAAGAAAAUGCAAAUCAGAGCUGUUAAAAUAAUCCAUCACAGUAUAUCGAUAAGUCGAUGCGAACAAUUGGGAAAUAUCUGUUCCAAAUAUGACGUGGAUGAAAUACACAUCUUCCGAGCCCGACUCGAAGCUCAACAUUUGCAAGUUUUCCUUGAAUAUGUGGAAGACGGAAAAUUUAAUUCGUUGAGUAUUGGUGACAACUACGAAUUAGGAGACGAAGGUUGUGCUUUAGUUGGAGCUGUUGUUGUUAGAUGUGAAGUUCGAAAGCUUCGCAUGAGGGAAUGCGAUUUGAAAACCAGUGAAGUUAAAGCUUUUAGAGAAAACGUCAGUGAUGCGACAUUGGACAGUCUCGAUGUGAGUUAUAAUGAUAACUUGAAUCCUUCAGUCUAUUCUGAGAUUGGCGUACUUGUAACACAGUGCCAACUUAAAAAUCUUGCUAUAAAAGAUUGCUACCUGGAACCAAAGGGGAUAAAAGCACUAAAAGACAAUCUCGGCGAUAACGUAGAGCUUCAAACACUGGAUUUUAGUGAAAAUAAAGCCGACAAAAUUGGCAAGGAAGGAUUGUCAAUGAUUGGAGAAAUCGUUCGCAAGUGUAAAGUUGAAAGUCUAUUGAUGAAAGAUUGUAAAUUCGAUGAAGAUCAGUUAGAUACUUUCAAGGAAAUGAUUGGCGACAUCGAAUUUCAUCAUUAAUAUUUUUAUAAGACUUAAAAUUCUGUACUCUUGACCAAAUCUUUGUUUGUUUUGUAGUAUAUAUAGUGUUUUAUUUUUCAGUAUUAAUAUUGACUAAAAAUGUGAACACGAAAACAUUAUCGUUGAACGAAUGGCCCGACAAGUUUAAACAGUCAAUUUCGGAGAUUUUCAAAGUUCGACUACGACUUCCAUAUUAAUGAAAAAAACAGAACCAGACUCCAGGUCCAUAGAUCUGGUUUGCUAUGGAGGUUUUCUAAUUCGUAAUUUUCCCAAUUUGAUUUUUGGCAUUGAGCCGUCAUAGUGUACAAGAUAUAGAGAAUUAAAGUUAUUAAAUUAAGUUAUUAACACAAAUUGAAAUUUCAAUAGCCACUGAAACAAUAUCAGUAUAUUGCUGUAAUAUUAGAAUAUUUUUUUUUUCUCAGUAUAGUCUUUAAAUAUUUAAGUUAGGAUUAUAAUCAACACACCCCGUAGCUAUAUAAAAUGACAUAACAUAUGUUCAA